AUGAGACUGUCGCUUCUGCUCCUUGCACCGCUUGCGCUCGCGCAGCAGGCACAGGUCUACCUGUACCCGCCGCCCUCCGACUCUUCCUCGUCCCCGUCGCUCACCGCCGAUCAGGCCGAGGUCGUCAUCGCGCACCACCUCGGAGAUGGAAUCGAGAGCCGCCCGACUCCUCAGGAUGAGGGUUUGUGGGGACACCUGCUGAACGUCUGGCAGCAUGAGAAGAGGCCGCGUGUGGUCAUCGUUGAAGUGGUCCUUCCCGACGAUGCCAAGCCUGCCUUCACCAUGGAGACGUCCACGGCCUCCUCUGUUCUUGCUCCCUACGUUGAUGCCGCCCGCGAGGCCCUCGCCAAGGUCGGCGAUAUCCCCGAGGUCAGCAAGGUCCUGACGAGCCUUGACUUUGCCGUUUCUCGCGCCGGAUCCAUUCUGUCUCACGAGCUUGCCUCGCUCGUCGCCCUUGCCGACUCGAUGUGGGCCGCGACUGAGCGCAACUGGGACGCCGUUCGCGUUCACCUCGACGUUGAGAAGGGUUCCGAGCUGUGGGAGACCGCUACCUCUGGCGUGCGCGCUGGCGUCAAGGCGAUGACGAUGGAUGACGCUUCGCCGCUUGUUCUCGUUGUUAUGCCGAAGGAAUCCUCGCAGGACAUCGAGACCUCGCCGUGGAAGCGCGACACGCUCGCGGAGCUGCUCAAGAAGAAGGAAAAGGUCGUGCCGAAGGACUACUCGGUCCACUUCUCGCUCUUCUUUGGCACUAUCAUUCUCCUUGCCGUCGCGGCCAUUGGAGGCAUUCAGCUCCUCGCGUCUGUUGGUGAGACUGAGCUCCCCUCCACCCUCACGCUCGCCGUCAGCCGCAAGCACGACUAA